AUGACAUCCAGAAGACGUCAGCCGCCGGACCGCCAGAAGGAAGGUGAGCAAGCGGGUAAUCGCGCGUAUGACGGAAUACCCGGAACAGUCAAUAUGUCUUGACGGAACCAGCAGCAGCAGCCUACUCAAAUAUUUUGAUUUCUUUCAAUCCGUUCGCUUAUUGUCUCCUUCCGCGAUGACGUGUUCCCCCCUUUUUCGCACACUUUCCAGUUCCACUGACUCAAUAGUUGGCUCCCAAAAACUCAUCAUUUCAGUCACGAAAAACGAGAAACCACCAAUGCUAAUCCUUUACCCACAAAAACUCAAUUUUCAGAAAACUAAACAAAUGUUCAGAUGUGUUUAUUCCUCUUUUCACUAGGAUUUUCCGUCUUACUUUCAUUUUCCCAUCUCAUUCCCUUUUUCAACGAAUUCUUAAUAAGUAACAUUCGCUUCGUCGUCUUCUUCAGAACGAAAAUGAAAAGAACAGAAAAAGCAGAGAGAUGGAUCAGGUCAUGAGCUAUUCAGCAACUGACUCGUCCUGUGUAUGCAUCGAAAUACAGAAGAAGAAGGUCCCUUGCCCCGUGGCGGUGGAAACGUGAGCUGCCUGGUGACCCUAUGGCUCCGGCGGCUCCCCGCGUGCCGACAACAGCUGUGCGGGCCUUCGAAUUCCGCCCAUGCUCCCCCUUUCCGACUUCUGUUUCUUCGUCAACUCCCGACUGACAGCUCUCGCUUUUUUUUUAUCGAAACACCGUAGAGCCCUUCCGUGUUUUUCUCCUCCUUCUCCUCCUCGUUCCAGCUGGUAGUAAAUAGCCAAUUUCCACUUUUCGCUCUUCGCCGAAUGGCCUUUCCGUCCGGCAAUUACUCGUUCGGCACUCCUUUGAGAUUUACUCAUUUUCUUGAAAUAUGGAUAAUGGGAGGAGAUAAAUCCAGAGCAAACGUCAGUCGUUUUGUUCUUCGCAAAACCGCAGGAGGCUCUCCAGAUCAUGACGCGUGCUCCAUGGGCUUCCCUCGCUCUCCCUCUCUUUCUCUCGAGUGCACACUCGCAUUAUCAUUGUGAAACGGGUGAAAAGGCGUGAAGUACUCGGCGUCCAUGAUGCACAGAAACCGAGAACAAACACCGAACUCAUCAUCAGUUCGCGCAACCCCCUCCCUUUCUGUUCUUCUUCUUCGGCGGGGAGUCUGUUUCAAACUGCUCGGCGCCCAGGACCCGCUUAUUGUCUGUCUCUCGUGUUGACCGUGCCGAUUAGCUGGCACAACACAACCGUUCUAUGCAGAUGCUCCCCCUAAUUGUGCUCCAGUCAUUCAGUCCGUCCGUCCCUCCGCUGCCUGUCCUCUAAACAUUCCUGUUUGCCACCAAAAGAACAAGAUCUCCUUUCGUUUCCAUCGACUAUCAGCUUGUCUUCUUCACCUCUUCUUCUCUAAAGCUGAUACACUUUCCAUUCUUUUUUUUUUGGGGUCUUCCAUUCGUAUCGUUCAAUUCAUCUCCAAGUGUUUCUGUUCAUUUCAGAGCUGGGCAAAGGUCGGCCCAGGCUUUUUUAGGCCUGAACCAUUCGUCCAGCUAUGAUAUUCUGAUCGUACCCAAAUUUCGCAUGAUUCUUGGUCUUGGAUUGAAGUAUGACCAAGUUUCAGAACGAAAAGAUUUCCUGGACCCAAGAUAUUCUGGUCUGAAGCCGAAACUGCGGCCUUCUCGGCCUUCCAUCCACAUUAAUCCAGAUCGGAUAAUCGGCGCGGACUUCAAUUCAAGUCUGCUGCGACAAAGUUCGGGCCUCAAAAAACCUUCGAGAAGGCUGGGCCGGCCUGUUGCCCAGCCCUGUUUUAUAGCCUUCUCUACAAUUUCCGUUCCGCAAAUCCCUUCUCAUCAUGUCUCGCUUCUUAAUCUACAUAAUUAUGUUGCGAUUUAGUUCGUCUUUUUCUUCAUCUUCUUCUCGCUCCCCUCUUAUUCAUUUUCUACUUUUCAAGAAGACAGAGUUCUAGAAAUCUUCUCCGCAAUUUGAUAUCCGCUCUCUUCUCCGCCUUCUUCGUUCCUCUUUCAGUUCUCUUUUUACCUUUUCACCACACAAAUAACAGCCUCUCCCGGCUGCUGCUGUUGCUUUUUUCUUUCCCUCGCGGACUGACCGCUCGGUCCAAACUGUGUUCCGGUAUGUGAUAGGCGUUUCGGAAAUGUGUCAAUUUGUUUGUUUUGCCAUAGAUCGCGCUGCCGGUAGCCCCUCCCGGCCCUGUUCACUUCCUAUUAUCAUUUCAGAAAUGUACCCGACCGACAAAGGAUCGUCGGGCACACGGACGACGUUCGAAACGCGGAGCCGCAAGAAAAGACUCUUGCAGAUCGUCUUCACCGUUCUCGUUGUUUUCGCCCUUCUUCUUGCCAGUAAGUGUUGCCUGGGAUACGGUAUCUCUUCCGUUACCGUAACCCGUUGUGACAAUUCCGGAUGAUGUCAUUGUGUUGUUAAUCAUUGAAUGUUCAGUAAUCGGACUGGUGUACGGCAGCUUCUACCUCUACCGCAGAUAUGUAACAGACGCGAACGACAAGAGGGAAAGUGACGAGUAUUUGAGAAAGCUGGUCAGACAGGUCAACGACUCGCCCGAAACCACGUGGAAGGCAAAGUAUAACAAGUUCGGAGUGAAGAACAGAUCGUACGGAUUCAAGUACACGAGGAAUCAGACUGCCGUCGAGGAAUACAUGGAGUACAUUCGCAAGUUCUUCGAGUCGGAAGCCAUGAAGAGACAUUUGGAGUGAGUGUGCACACAGUCUUUCUCGAAUUCGCCAUUGGUUUUCAGUGAGCUGGAAAAGUACAAAGAUUCGGACAUUCCGAAGCAGUUCGAUGCCCGUCUCAAGUGGCCGAACUGCCCGUCCAUCUCGAAUGUUCCGAACCAGGGCGGAUGCGGAAGUUGCUUUGCAGUGGCAGCCGCCGGGGUCGCCUCCGAUCGUGCGUGUAUCCAUUCGAACGGAACUUUCAAAGCAUUGCUCUCUGAGGAAGACAUCAUCGGAUGCUGCUCCGUUUGCGGAAACUGCUAUGGAGGGGAUCCGUUGAAGGCGCUGACCUACUGGGUUAAUCAAGGACUCGUCACAGGCAAGUAACCAGUGUUUGAUCCUUCCUGAAUGCACUCUUUUCCAGGUGGGCGUGACGGAUGUCGUCCCUAUUCAUUCGACCUGGCUUGUGGUGUCCCUUGCUCGCCGGCCACUUUCUUCGAGGCCGAAGAGAAGAGGACGUGCAUGAGACGGUGCCAGAACAUUUACUACCAACAGAAGUACGAGGAGGACAAGCACUUUGCCACCUUCGCCUAUUCCAUGUAUCCCCGUUCGAUGACGGUGUCUCCGGACGGAAAGGAACGCGUCAAAGUGCCCACUGUGAUCGGUCAUUUCAACGACAAAAACUCGGAGAAAUUGAACGUCACCGAGUACCGUAACAUCAUCAAAAAAGAGAUUCUUCUGUACGGACCCACUACGAUGGCUUUCCCCGUCCCGGAAGAAUUUCUCCAUUAUUCAAGUGGAGUUUUCCGUCCGUUCCCACUCGACGGAUUCGAUGAUCGCAUUGUCUACUGGCACGUAGUCCGUCUGAUCGGAUGGGGACAGUCGGAGGACGGAACUCACUACUGGCACGCGGUCAACAGUUUCGGAUCGCACUGGGGAGACAAUGGUGGGUGGAAAGGAUUGUGUUCUUCAAAAUGAAAGCAUUUCAGGACUAUUCAAAAUCAACACGGACGAUAUGGAGAAGUACGGAUUAGAGUACGAGACGGCAGUCGUCUGA